AAACCUUUUGAGCUCAUUACUUAUAAUUAUCUAUAUAUUACCUGAUUGAAUUCCAUUGCUUUAAAAAAUUAUCUUCUCUCUCCGUAUCUCUAUUCUCUGUCCGGUUGCGCCAGUCUCCAUCUCCCUGACUCUCCUCUGUCCAGCACCACCGCAAGCCACGCCAAAGACGACACCAGCGACUCCGGCGACCCCCAGCGGCAACCAAAGGUAUCUCUUUUUUCUCUCCCUCCUUCUAUCUCCUCCCCUCCCUCUCUCACUUAACCAUUCUCCACCACGGUAACACCACUUAAGCUGCAAUCAACCUUGCUGCCACCGCCACCAGUGACGACGUCAGCCCAGAUAUCCCAAAUCCAAAGACACUUUGCUUGAGAUGAUAAAAAUGAAGGCUGGGAACUUCUGGUUGUUUCUUCUGUGUUUAUGUGUAGUCUCUUUUACAGCGAUUUCUUUGGGUCCACCGACUUGUCCUGCAGAUACUGGUAGUGAAUGUGGCGUUGGUACGGGUGAAUGGAAAGGGGAAUUCUUUCCUGGCAUUCCCAAGAUUAAGUAUGAGGGCCCUUCUAGCAAGAAUCCACUUGCAUUUAAAUGGUAUAAUGCUCAAGAGGAGAUUCUUGGGAAGAAAAUGAAGGAUUGGAUGAGAUUCAGUGUUGCAUUUUGGCACACAUUCCGUGGGACAGGAGGUGACCCAUUUGGUGCAGAUACCAAGUUGUGGCCUUGGGAAGAUGGUACCAAUUCAUUGGAUAUGGCCAAGAGGAGGAUGAGAGCAAACUUUGAGUUUUUAGACAAGCUUGGAGUUGACAGGUGGUGCUUCCAUGAUAGAGACAUUGCUCCCGAUGGUGACACGCUAGAGGAAGCUAAUGCAAAUUUGGAUGAAGUGGUGGCUCUUGCCAAAGAGCUUCAGGGGACCAAGAUUCGUCCUUUGUGGGGUACAGCUCAGUUGUUCUUGCAUCCUCGCUACAUGCAUGGUGCUGCUACUAGCCCUGAAUUAGGAGUAUAUGCACACGCCGCAGCUCAGGUCAAGAAAGCCAUGGAGGUCACACAUUAUCUCGGGGGAGAAAACUAUGUCUUUUGGGGUGGUCGGGAGGGUUAUCAGACUCUCUUGAACACAGAUAUGGAAAGAGAGCUUGAUCACAUGGCAAGGUUUUUUGAAGCUGCUGUAGCCUACAAGAAGAAGAUUGGAUUUAAUGGGACACUCCUCAUUGAACCCAAGCCUCAAGAACCUACCAAACACCAAUAUGAUUGGGAUGCUGCAACUUCAGCUAAUUUCUUGCGCAAAUAUGGCCUCAUAGGAGAAUUUAAACUUAACAUUGAAUGCAAUCAUGCAACCUUAUCUGGUCACAGCUGCCAUCAUGAGCUUGAAACUGCAAGAAUCAAUGGUUUACUUGGUAACAUAGAUGCAAACACUGGGGAUCCUCAGAUUGGUUGGGAUACAGACCAGUUUUUGAUGGAUGUAAGUGAAGCAACAUUGGUUAUGCUCAGUGUCAUAAAAAACAAUGGGUUAUCACCUGGAGGAUUCAAUUUUGAUGCCAAGUUGCGGAGGGAGAGCACGGAUGUGGACGACUUAUUCAUUGCUCAUAUUGGCGGUAUGGAUACCCUUGCACGUGGACUUCGAAACGCUGCCAAGCUGAUUGAGGAUGGUUCUUUAAAUGAGCUUGUUAGCAAGAGAUAUCAGAGUUUUGACACAGAAAUCGGGGCCCAAGUAGAAGCUGGAAAGGCUGACUUUGAAACCCUUGAGAAGAAGGCCAUGGAAUGGGGAGCACCCAAAGUUCCUUCUGCUAAGCAGGAACUUGCAGAGAUGAUUUUCCAGUCAGCAUUGUAGGAGAAAAAACAGAGUUUUGACAUUAGUUCAAAGUUCUAUUUACGCUCUUUUUUUUUUCCUAGAAAUAAUUGAUUGUACAGUUUACUGGUGACAGAACCAACGGCUACACUUGGGUUAUGUGUUACCAU